CUCUCUCUGUUUCUCUCUCCUUCUCACUCUUGCUCUCCUCUCCUCUUCUCGGUAUGGUGAGGCUGACUCUGGGUGCUCUGGCAGUGUUUGUAGCUGUGUGUGGAGUGUCCAGCUUUGCGUUGCUGGGGGUGGCUAUAGGGACAGACUACUGGUACCUCAUAGAUGUCUCUCAGAGGGAAAACAACUCCAACCUCUCUCUCAGCUCACACUCAGGACUAUGGAGAACCUGUAACUCCCAGAAGCUCUGUCAGCCAUUCGUCAACCCAUUUGAAGGCGGACAAAACCUCACAAAUUCUUACAGACAACUUUUAAAUAUGCACGGGACAUUCAUGGUGUUGCUUCCUGUCAGUAUGAUCAUAAUGGUCGUGGGGGGAGUGAUGGGGUUCAUCGGCCUGCUGGCUAGAGCAUACAUACUACUGCUGAUGACUGGUAUCCUGUUACUACUGGGAGCUCUGUCCUCUCUAACAGGGGUGAGUGUGUACAUGGCCUACUCUGCUGCAGUCUUCCAGGAGGCUCAGUGUCUGGCUGAGCAGAUGGGGGUCAAUAUGGAGGGGAUCCAGAUCCUGUUUGGCUGGUCCCUGAUCCUGGCCUGGGUCUCCAGUGGAACACAACUAUUCACCUCCGCUGGCUUCCUGCUGGCCUGCAGAACCGUCACUAUACAGAGACAGGAACUGAAAUUAUGA